ACUAGUUAGCAGUACAGCUGGGGGACGCUGCUGAAAACCACGCUCGCUCAGUAGUUUGUCUCGGCGUUUCUUUUAAGAAGAGCUGAACUCUCUAUCAUGUGUUAAUAUCGUAUUUAGACCCGUGUAUCACUCAGGUGUCCCUCUAUUUAAGACUCCACAAAUCUGUAACAAUCAGUGAAAUGAUUGAAAGGACUGAAAGACAGGAAGAUAAAACACAUGAACGCCACGGACACCAUUAAUAAACGAAGACAUCGAGAACCUACCUUACUGUUUUUAAGAAAGUAAACACACAAUCGUCACUUGAAAUUAGUUAUUUAGCCAUUUUACUUUACUAAAAAACGAUGUUUUCUGCACGCGAGAAUCGGUGUCAUCGCUUUCAGGCCAACAUCUUCAAUAAAAGUAAAUGUCAAAACUGCUUCAAAACCGUGGAUUCGCACAAACUCAGGGAAGCAGACCUGUUUCAGACUAAGCCUCUUCAGGUGGGCUGGCUCCUCCUGGCCCCAGAGGACACUGACUUUAACAUUUGUGGCCUCAGGAAACGGAAAUGGCAGAGGAGAUAUUUUGUGCUUUACGAGCAUGGGCUUCUAAGAUACUCUCUGGAUGAGAUGCCAGGUACAUUGCCCCAAGGAAUUGUAAAUAUGUCCCAAUGCUGUGAGGUUCUUCACGCUUCAUCUCAAACUGGCUUCCAGAACUGCCUGAGGUUGUGCUUCUCUGACAGAGACUACUACAUCCGAACAGAGAGCACAGACAGCUUCAGCAUCAGUAGGUGGCAAGAAAAUCUGAUUGUUUACCCCAAAGCUGCUAAAUCAAAUCAGAAGAAGAAGGGGAAGGAUCCAGCCCACCCACCGCAACAGAUAGCAGAAAACCAAACCUCCAGCAGCAGCAGUAGCAGUGGUGGUGCUGCUGCUAAGAAAAGUAGCACUUCUGGAAAUAGUUUCACCUGCAGCAUUAAAAGACAAGGCAGCAUCGGUUCUAGUAGUAAUAGCGGCAGUAAAGUUUCCAUCAGCGACAAUGCUGGCUCUAGUACCAGCAGUGCCACUAAAGGCAGUAGCAGAAGUGGCAUCAGUAGUACUAAAGGGGCCACCAGAAAUGACAGAAGAGAUAGCAUGGUGAGCACGGUGGAGGAGGUCUUGAUGCUCUCCUCAGAGAAGGAGCUGGAGGAGGAGUCACACAGUGGUGAAGUCGGGGAUAAUGCUUCUUCACUCGAUACCAAGCUUGGGUCCUCUCUCUCUUCCUCGGGCUGCCCCGACACAGACGGUACUAAGAAUCGAUUGGGUACUGAAAGCGGCUAUUCGUCUCUGGAAAAGACAAGUCCAAGUGUUUUGGAUGCACAAGCACACACUGACUCCAGAAGAUCUCAAGAAGCUGUUCAACAAGAGGGUUCAUUUCCGGAUACCAAGCUUCCCCCCUCAACCUUCACUACUUCCUCUACUGAACAAAAUGACCAUAAGACAACUGUCAGUACAUCUCAGGAUUCUUUCCCUAAUGAUAUUCCUGAUCACUCACAACAUUUGAUGUCAUGUAGUCUCCGCUCCAAAUCGCUGGAGCGUAGAUCGCUUGAUUCCACUCCCGCACCUGACCUCCUUAAUUUCAAAAAGGGAUGGAUGUCUAGACUGGGAGAAGAUGGAAAGUGGCGGAAACACUGGUUUGUUCUUACUGACCAGACUUUGAGAUUCUAUCGUGACUCUGCAGCAGAAGAGGCAGCUGAUGUGGAUGGUGAGAUCAACUUGUCUACUUGUUUCGAUGUUACAGAUUACCCUGUACAAAGGAACUAUGGCUUUCAGAUUCAUACAAAGGAUGGAGUCUUCACCCUCUGUGCAAUGACUUAUGGGAUACGACGCAACUGGGUCCAGGCAGUAAUGAAAAACAUUCGUCCCGCUGUUGCCCCUGAUGUCACAUGGAAAAAUCCUGCUAUAAAACCCAGUUCAAUUCCUCAAAAGGUGCCAAUGACUAGUGCACAUGCUCGUACAAGCUCCUGCCAAUGCAGUACAGUUCCCCAGGAAGCAGAGCAAAGGAGUCGCAUUCGUGAGCGCCGUAGAGAGGGGCGCUACAAAACCUUUGAUUGGGCAGAGUUAAGUUGUAAACAGCAGAAAGAGGAGUUGUCAAAUGAUCCAUCCGGAAGGCAGUGGAACCAUAACAGUGAGCGCUCGGUGCCUCCUGCACCUGCAUCAUCCCCUGAAGGGCAGAUCACACGUUCGGCCUCUGAGGCGUCAGAGAAUGAAUAUCUUCAGAAAAAAAGAAUCCCACAGAGGCAAAGCUUAAAUAUCAUCUCCGCUGAUAUAUCACCGAACUUAUCACUAAUGGCAGUGUCCAGUCGCACCUCCCCAGAAUCAAUCAGCCCAGACAGUUUAGAGGUUGAUGCAGGAACCAUAUAUGUCCACUGUGAUGGCCGUGGUGAACUACUGGAAGCUAAACCCAAAGAAGAAAAGCAGGUUGAUCGCUCCACAUCUCCAUUGCCAGUCACCUUCUCUUCAUCUUCAGCGCAGACAGAAUGGCAGUGGGAUGUGGAGCUUCAGAGCCUGCGUAGAGAAUUGAAGGCUGAGCACGAGAGGAAUCAGACUCAAGAAAGGGAGUUAAGACUCAGUGAGGCCCGACUCCAAGCUGCGCUUAAUGAGAGCAAGGAAUGUCUUCAGAAGACAGAGUUAAAGAUUCAAGAGACAGAAGCUCUUCUGAAGGAGCGUGAGGAGGUGCUGGAGAGUCUGCGUGGACGGUUGGAGGAGGUAACUGGUCGUCUUAAAGCAACCGAAGAGGCACAAGCCUUGAAAGAGGUCAGGCUACAGAGGCACCUGCGCCUCUUGCAAGAGAGCCAGGAGCGAGAAAGGAGGAGCUUCAGUGACAGCCUCGACCAGUCGGAACAGCGAUCGAAGGAACUAGAGGAGCGUCUGAGGCAGAAAGAGGCUGAGCUGCAGAAAAGGUCAACAGGGGACGUUACUGAUGAACUUCUGCGAAGGUGCCAGGAGCUACAAAACCAGCAGGAAGAGUCAGACAGUGAAGUCUGUCGUCUGCAGGCACGCCUCCAAACUGAAGAGACUCUUUAUUAUGACAUGGAGCAUGAUUAUGAAAGAGCUUGUGAGGAGAUACAGAGUUUGCGAGGUGCUCUGCUGGACUGCGAGAGGGUAAGUGAGGAGCGCUUUCAAACCCAGUUGGUGCAGCAACAGCAAGAGUUAGACCGGAAGGAACGAGAACUACAGGAAGUGCUUCUUAAGAUGGCCAUCCUGGGCAGUAGUCUAGAGGAGACGGAACAAAGGCUUAAGGAAGCUCAAACCCAUUCUUCUGAAGCUAAUGUUCUCUGUGAGACAUUGAUUGAGCCACAACAAUGCAGACAGAAAGGGCAGAGUGAUUCAGAAAUGCAACCUACUACUCAGGCAGACGAGUCACAUAGAGUGAUCUCUGUGAUCCAGGCGCUAGAACGCAAGUUAUGUGACACCGAAGAGCGACUCCGAGAGCUUACCAUGCAUCUUCAGCAACAGCAACAACUCCACACUGCACCGCAUGCACUCAAUGAUUCUUGGUGUUCGCACAGUUCCCUCAAGAAUCCAGAGGGUCGACUCUCUGUGGAUGGUCUGCCAAGUUUUACUGAAACUUUGCAUAGCCUGCAGGGAACAGCUUUAGAUACAACCUCAGACAAAACUAAAAUCUCCCUUUAUGAUGAUGAAAAACCUGGAAGCUGGAGGUUGGCUGGCGAGAGUUCAGGGAGAAAUCAAGCUCUAGAGAUGGCCAGCAGAGUUUUGUCACUGGAGGCACUAAUUAUCCAAAAGAUUGCCUCUGCACUUGAGCAUCCCAGCUCAAAGUUGCUUAAUAAUUUGUCAGAGGUGCAUGUCCAGGUGCUAAGGAUGGCUCAAGGAGGCAGUCAUAAUGGGGCUGUGGAACCUAGUUACUCCCAGAUCUUUUCGGACCCUCUCGAGCAAGAUCUGGUAGACAAUACGCUGAGUGAAAGUGCAAUCCAUAGACUGUGUGUAAGAGCAGAGAUGACAUACCUCAUACAUACUCUCUGUACUCAUCCCUCACAGGAGCAAAAGGGUUCUGACCUUUUUUAUGUCUUGCCUUGGCCAGAGAGUUCCUCUUCUGGAACCAAAAUGGAAAACUGUUCGAAGCAGGGGUCCAGACUUGCUGACAUUAGCCCGCCAGAACUUGCACCUUACAGUGAACAAAUUGAUGACGAACUGGGGACCGAUCUUCUCCUCGAGGGCUCCGAGGUACAGCUUGCUUGCAGAAAGAGUCUGGUGGCAGAGCUCCGUGCUCAGGCCCAGUCACUGCAGAACCUCUCAACACAGCUACAGUCUAAUGUUAGAGAGGUCGACCUUCCUGGUGAACUACCCUCAGCCAUCCUGAGGGCUGCAAUUUGUCAGGCCAUUUUGGCAUACAUGGCCUGUCGUCUCCGUUCGGCCCUGCAGCAGGAGAUGAGUGCCCUACGCAAGCAGAGAGAGCAGGCUGAGUGUGAGUGUCGUGCUGUGUGUCGUAGCAUGGAGACUCUUUUCCAGGAACAGACGGAGCGUUACGAAGAGAAGCUGCGCGAGGAGCGUGUUGUUGUUGAAAAGGCAGAGCAGGAGCGUGUUUCGGCGGUGACCAAUGCUCAGUUGAGGACGGAAGAAGCUGAAAAAUUGCAGUUGGAGUUUGAGGAGAAGCUCCAAGAGCUCCAGAAAAUCCAUGAAGAGGAGAUGAACCAUCUCCAUGAAUAUUACAUUCAAAACUUGUCAAGGUCUGCAACUCUCUCAGAACUAGAGGAGAGUGAAGAGACUGAGCAGAUUUCUGUGACUGCUCUGCAAGACCGAAUCAGAGAGCUUGAGACUGAGGUGACUUGUUUGAGGGUGGAUCUUAGCAACCAGGAUGUCAAAGCCUUCCAGCUUGACCUAGAAACCAUCAAGGCCACGUAUGAGCAUGGUUUCAGCAUUAUGGAAGACAGCCACCAGCGAGUGAUUGAGGACAUGCAGAGGCAGCAUCAGAAAGAGGUGGAGAGACUGACAGAGGAGCGAGAAAGAGUACUGCAGGAAGAGACGAAUGCCACCAUUGCAGCCAUUGAGGCUAUGAGGAAAGCUCAUAAAGAGGAAAUGGACAAGACACAGAAAGCUCUGCAAAAUGGAGCCAAUGUGGACAUCCGCCAGCUUCGUGCACAAUAUAAUGAGGAGCUAGAGACAUUGCACAGGGAGCUGGAAGUGUUGUCAGAGCAGUAUUCUCAGAAAUUCCUGGAAAAUACUCAUUUGAAUCGGACUAUAGAAACCGAAAGGGAAGCAUUGAGUACAACACAGAGAGAGAACCAGGAGCUUCGUAUUCACAACCAGGAAUUAAAUGAGUUUUUGGCUGCUGAAUUAUCCCUUAUGCAUUCACGCAUGAAUGGGGAGGUGAAACAUUCCCUAUCUUCUCAGGAGAAAGACGUGUAUCAGCUGGAGGUACAUCUCAGAGUAAAGGAAUCAGAGAUUAAGUGUCUGAAACAGGAGAUCAACUCACUUAAACUGGAACUGCAGGCAGGAAAUACGUAUUUUAAAGAGCUAGACUCUGAGCCGGUUGCUUCAGAAGUCAAAGCUCAAAGUGACUUCACUAAACUAAGGAUGGUGCCAGCAAGACAACAGAGUUUAAAAUAUGAUCUGAUGAAAUCCAGGAGCAACCCAGACUUCCCAAAGGACCAUGCUACACUUACGCAGCCUGUCAGAUCCAAGAGUCUUAAAGAUGGACUCACUGUUCUGGAGAGGAUGAAGCUUUUUGAAUUAACCAGUACGCAAAAGAUUUGAGUGUGUGUCUGUGUGAUAGAUAGAGAGAGAGAAAGAUAAGCAUUUUAAUAUCUUAUGUGGGUUAAAUUAUUUAAUUGUAUAUCUUUAUAACACAAUGAAUUCUAACUAUACCUUUAGUCACAGGUGUGAGUGUGUGUAUGUACGUCAGUCAUUUUAAUGGUUUCGUUACUACUUUAGAGAGUAGAAUUGAUUUUUGAUAUGACGUUGUCUCUCUAAAUCUUAAACUGUCUUUGUUUUAUAUUUACAUGUUUAUGCCUGAUUGAGAAUCAGUUCGAUUUGCUUUAUCUCUAAUUAUGAAUAAAGUCAAGCUU